AUGGACGCAUCGCCACUACCGGGUCAUCCAGAACCCCUAUUUGGCGACGAUAUGUUACCUCUACCUGAGAUGAUGUUUGCGGCGGGUGAAGAACCGGUUGGAGUUAGAGUUCUUACUUACCAGUCCUCCAGAUCCAUUAAUCACAUCCUUGAAUCGCUGGAAGACGAUGAGAUCCAGACAUUAAGGAUGUCCCCCUUUUGGAAGAUUGUGGAGAUAAGCGAGAAACCAAGUUUCUCUGGAAGAUUUGCUCGAUUCAUGCUUUCACGGCAGCUAAAAGUGGAGAAGAAACACGAGGCUUGGUUCCGUUUUGCUGGGAAACCAAUAAGGUUUUCGAUUCGGGAGUUUGCAAUUGUUACAGGUCUAAACUGCGGGGAAUAUCCAAAAAAUUCCAAAAGGAAUGCGAAGGUGAAGAGAAAGGCAAAACCGUAUUGGCCGGAGUUAUUUGGCAGAAGCGAUGAGCUUCGGGUAACAACAGCUUUGAAAAAUCUCCGGAGAAAAACGAUAACAGAUAAAGAAGUGAGGAUUAAGUUGGCAUGUCUGGCGAUCGUGUCUUCGGUCCUACUAGCUACGAACUUGAAGAUGAAGAUGAUUAAGGAACAUGCAGAUACAAUGGUUGACUUGGAAGAGUUCUUUUCCUUUCCAUGGGGUCGCCUAGCAUUUGAAAUGCUUAUGGGGAGUAUAAAACAACGAAACGAGGUCUCGUUAUCAACCGAUACAAUUGCUGUAAAAGGUUUUGCCUUGGCUCUGCAACUGGUUAUGGUCGAGGCUGUACCAGCUCUUACCGAAGUGUUUCUGGAAAGUUACUCAUCUUCUGACUCAGACAGCUCCAACGAUGGAGAUGAUUUCUUUCAGAAGAAGAACAGACAGAAAACACUGAGCCCCGGGCAUGCGCGAGACCUAGACAAAACAAAAGAUGUUGUAGUAAGAAGCAUAAUCCCUGAGGAUCCGGAUAGACCCAUAAUCGCUGAAUCUCUACAAUGGGAAGACGAGGUGAUGGACGUGAAAGUCGAUAAUCUGUUAAAGCUUAUAGCUCAAGGGUAUUCUUUCACCGCUGAGAUGUUCAAAGGAGGCGCAACAAAAGCUGACGUCCAAAGAAUGCGUGAGAUACAGGCAGAGGGGGGGGAAGCGGAAGAGGAAGAGUAUACCUGUGAAAGAAAAAGAAACGGACGAGGAGAAGCGUAUCGCUUCAAUUGUUUCGUCGAUGCUGCAAAGUGA